UCCGACACCCCAUCAAUGGCCUUAUGAUGAUCAAACUGAAGAUGAAGCCAUACAUCAAAAUAACCAUUUGGGCCUUACUCUCCCUUUUAUUCUUCUUCUCAAAACCUUCUCAUCAACAAUAUAAUGCCUCUCCUCCACCAUUCCCAAAUCCAAGACUCUCGAAUGCUUACAUAGCUUUGCAAGCGUGGAAACAUGCAAUCACAUCAGACCCCAAAGGCUUCACUUCAAACUGGUAUGGUCCGAAUGUUUGCAGCUACAAUGGAGUCUACUGUGCCCCAGCCCCAGAUGAUCCUCACAUCAUUACUGUUGCUGGGAUUGACCUAAACCAUGCUGACUUAGCUGGUUAUUUACCUGAAGAGCUAGGCCUCCUCACUGACCUUGCCCUCUUCCACAUAAAUUCCAACAGAUUCUGCGGUGCCGUCCCAAAAAGCUUUAUCCAUCUCCACCUCCUUUACGAGCUAGACAUAAGCAACAAUCUUUUCUCUGGUGAGUUUCCUUCAGUUGUACUUUGCCUUCCUUCACUCAAAUUCCUUGAUAUAAGGUACAAUCAGUUCCAAGGAAGCAUACCAUCUGCUCUUUUCGACCUAAAACUCGAUGCUUUAUUCAUAAACAACAAUAACUUCCAAUCAACUCUGCCUAGAAACAUUGGAAACUCAACGGUUUCAGUGCUGGUUUUGGCCAAUAACAACCUUCAAGGUUGUUUGCCAUCUAGCAUAGGCAACAUGGCCAAAACCCUGAAUGAGAUUAUACUCUUGAACGUUGGUUUAGGCGGUUGUUUGCCCCAAGAACUAGGGCUGUUGAAGGAAGUAACUGUUUUUGAUGUGAGCUUUAACAAUCUUGUUGGAACAUUGCCUGAUUCUAUUGGGAAUAUGGUGAGUUUGGAGCAGCUAAAUGUAGCACAUAAUAAGCUUUCUGGCGAGAUUCCAGCGAGUAUUUGCUCAUUGCCAAGGCUGCAAAACUUCACCUACUCGUAUAACUACUUCUGCACUGAACCAUCCUUGUGCCUCAAGUUGCCUGAUAAGGAUGAUGAGCAGAAUUGCAUUCCAGGCAGACCAGCGCAAAGAUCACCUCAGGAAUGUCAGGCCUUUUAUUCACAUCCCGUGGACUGCAGUGCUUUUGGUUGUCAAGCUAGAAGAAGUCCACCUCCGCCAGUGAAGUAUCCACCACCACCUCCACCUCCACCACCUCCGCCAUUAUACUCUCCGCCUCCGCCUCGGCCUCGGCCUCCUCCACCGUUAUACUUUCCGCCUCCGCCUCCGUCUCCACUGGUAUAUCCUUCGCCUCCGCCACCAUCUCCACCUCCACCUGAACAACAUCCGCCUCCACCACCGCCACCUUCUCAACCACCAGAGGCUUGCACUCCUCCACCACCACCACCUGUUUACUAUUACCAUUAUCCGUGA